GGGCUGUGUUUAGCUGUGACUGGAGGCUGCGGCCUAUGAGCAGUGAGUAGGCGGGGCUGCUCCUGGUUGCCGAGUUACCGUGGUCCCAUGCGUUAUGCUGACGAUCCCACGAAAAUUCUGUCCCGCGCACUUCCGGUACACAUUCCUCCGUCCAGGCCAGGGUGAUGGUGUGAGCUACUUCCGCCUCAUCCUCAAGGGUUACACAGUAGUGAAGAAGACAUCCGGUGAGUGUGAGACACCGAGCAGCCAUCCCCGUGUGUCAGGAGGACUGCGCAGGACCCAGAGCCCCAUCACGGUGCCUCCACCUCGCUCACUGACACAUGAGACACAUUGACCAGAAGAUCCUGGAACUACCUAAAAAGAUCAUUCAGCUGCUGACUGGAGAGGAGGGGGAGUAUAUAGAGGAACACAGGGGUCUGUACAAGGACGGGAUGAUGGAGAAUCACCGGCCCCUCACAUCACUGGAUGGGCCCAGUAACAGAGAUACCCCAGAGAGAUGUCCCCAUCCUCUGUAUUCCCAGGAUUGUACAGAGGAGAAUCACAGGAUCUCACAGGAGGAUCAGGUAGAACGUCUGUCUAAUAUUAAAACAGAAGAUAUAGAGGUAGAAGACACAUAUGUGAUUGAUAUAAAGGGAGAAGGUCUAGAGGGAGAAGAAGAGAUGUAUGUGACUGAUAUAAAGGCAGAAGAUAUAGAGGAAGAAGAAGAGAUGUAUGUGACUGAUAUAAAGGCAGAAGAUAUAGAGGGAGAAGAAGAGACGUAUAUGACUGAUAUAAAGGCAGAAGAUAUAGAGGGAGAAGAAGACACGUAUGUGACUGAUAUAAAGGCAGAAGAUACAGAGGGAGAAGAAGAGACGUAUGUGAGGGGUGAUCAGCAGUGUAAGGAGGAGGAGAUCCCUACAGAUAUCAGCACAGCAGAUGGACACGCAAGCAGGAACAUCUCAGAAGGACAUCUAAUGUUAUCUCCGGAUUGUGACAUAAAAGAUUAUGACAGUAGACAGGAUUCUCCAGGAGCUAAUCCCAUUACCCUAAUUAUACAUCCAGCUCUAUCAGCUGGUCCCUCUGAUCCUGGGAAAUGUUUUCCUGAUCACUCUGAUAUUGGUGCAUCUGUUACAGCUCUGACAGUAGAUACAGUGUUUCCCUGUUCUAUAGAUGCCAAAUGUUUUACACAGAACACAAAGCUUAUUACCCAUCAGGCAGGUAAGGCAGGUGAGAGGCCAUUUCCAUGUUCUGAGUGUGGGAAAUGUUUUGCACGGAAAUCGCAUCUUGUUAUACAUCAGAGAAGUCACACAGGUGAGAGGCCAUAUUCUUGCUCUGAGUGUGGGAAAUGUUUUUCCCAGAAAUCACAUCUUGUUCUACAUCAGCGAAGUCACACAGAUGAGAGGCCGUUUUCUUGCUCUGAGUGUGGGAAAUGUUUUUCCCAGAAAUCACAUCUUGUUCUACAUCAGAGAAGUCACACAGGUGAGAAGCCAUUUUCUUGCUCUGAGUGCGGGAAAUGUUUUUCCCAGAAAUCAUAUCUUGUUGUACAUCAGCGAAGUCACACAGGUGAGAAGCCAUUUUCUUGCUCUGAGUGUGGGAAAUGUGUUAGAUGGAAAUCACAACUUGUUACUCAUUACAGAAGUCACACAGGUGAGAAUAUAUUUCCAUGUUCUGAGUGUGGGAAAUGUUUUUCCCAGAAAUCACAUCUUGUUCUACAUCAGAGAAGUCACACAGGUGAGAGGCCAUUUUCUUGCUCUGAGUGUGGGAAAUGUUUUUCCCAGAAAUCACAUCUUGUUCUACAUCAGAGAAGUCACACAGGUGAGAAGCCAUUUUCUUGCUCUGAGUGUGGGAAAUGUGUUAGAUGGAAAUCACAACUUGUUACUCAUUACAGAAGUCACACAGGUGAGAAUAUAUUUCCAUGUUCUGAGUGUGGGAAAUGUUCUGCACACAAAUCAGAUCUUAGAAACCAUGAGAGAAGUCACACAGGUGAGAAGGCAUUUCUCUAACACCCUAAGUGGAUGCUGGGGAC